AUGCCUUCGCCCCGCCAGUCGCCUGGAAACACGUCGACCAUGUCCAGCUUCCAGCCCGAGUUCGAGUCAACACAGCAGUUCGACACGGCCACGCAGUCGCUGCAACUGCCCAAUCUCAGAUCCAGUGCGCAGCGCUUCAGCUACUACAACCCACCUCAGCCCGCCAUGCACAUUGACUCAUCUCUCGUGCGCGAUAGCUUCCCUGACUUUACCGAGAAGUCGCCAUCGCCAUCGCCUGAGGCAUCCUUGUCCAUUGAAGCUGGACGCGCUAAGAAGGGCAGUCCCAAAGCCUUCGACAUGUCCGACAUUCCGCUGCCCAGUGACAGCCUUUACGACCUGCACAGCACCCCUCCGAGAAGCACGCGCCCCACCCCCAAGAAGGCUGAUAGCCUGAGAAAAGAAGCCUCGUUGCGACGCGCUCACUCGAGCGACAAGAGAGCCAAUGCCUCGCAGCGCCGCUCCUUGUCCGACAUGCACCACAAGGUCCGCCACGAGAGCGACUCGUCCUUUGUUGGCGAGGACCGCCCGACCAUCACCUCGGUCCAGCCACGAAACACGCGCUUCACUUCAGCAAAUCUGCCCACUUCUUACUCGCACCACCAAGGCCUGCAAUCCGCAUCCACACCUCAGCGUCCGCUACAAAAUCCUACCGCUACAUGGACCGGCUCCCAGACCCAAGCUUCGUUCAUGCUUCCCGAUCUUCCAAACAUUACCGAGCUCGUGUCGGGCGUGCGCAAAGACGGCACCCCAGUCUUCUCUCGCUCACAAAAGUCGCGUUCGCGCUUCACUUCUGCCUCGUACAACAACCCUACCAUCACAAACACCAUCGCCCACGCCAACAUCAACUCGAUCGCCGUCCCCGACGAAGAAAAGGCAAUCUUUGCGUCCUUGCAGCUCUUGAAGGACAAAGUUGCAAACCUCGAAGCAGAAAAAAGUGAAGCACAGAAGAGGCUCGAAGAAUACGAGGCAGAAGUUGGUCAGCUGAAGUCGCGCCUCGACGUCGAGCAGAAGCUGCGACGCCCCGACAGUGCAUUGGGCGAGGAUGAUGAUGGCAGUGCCAAAGAGAGAUGGCGCGUUGAGAGGGCCACCUUGAAGUCUACCAUCAAGGCUCUGCAGGAUCGUCUGGAUCGCGGAGAGCGCAAGCUAUCUGUCAACGACAUUGCCGUCAAGCACCUGACUAAAGAACGUGAUGGUUUGGUCACCCAGCUCGGCGUCGCUUACUACAAUUCCGAGGAGCUCAAGAACGAGAACAUUCAACUGCGCGAUUCUAACCAAGAUAUGGAGGAUGAUGUCGCAACUCUACAAGCUGAGAAUGGUCGUCUGCGUGUUAGACUUGCUCAAAUCAAGGCUCAAUUCCACGAUGAAACACAGCAAUGGAAUUCACGCGAAUCUGAUCUGAAAGCAAGAAUACAUCGUCGUGAGGCCGCUGUUCGCGACAUGCAGCCCGACCAGACCGCGCAGUCCGCUCCUGCUCAAGACCAUACUUCCAAGUCGUCCAAGUCUCGUGUUGCCCAAGACAGCCUGCAACCCACAAACAAGCGCCGAUCAAGCGGAAGACCCGGCCAGGACACCAAGCACAACAUCAUGGACAGCAUCGAGAACGAGAUCAGAAGAUCGCGUUCCACUGCUGCACCUGCCGAUGUUCGCUCUCGCUCGCGCUCCAAGUCCAACACUCGCCAUAACACCACUAAGCCUCAUCCCAUCGUGGACGUCAGCGAUGUUGACUCCACGACCAACCUGAACUUUUCUAGAACCGCCAGAGACGAACCCGCGGAUAACAACGAAGACUCUAGGGACAUUACUUACUUGAGCUUCCUUGAUCCUAGAGAACUAGCAAGGCUACGAAAGACUCUGGAGGAAGAACGCCGUGCCUCGAAAACGGCGCGCGCUGUAUCUGCACCGCAGGCCCAAGACAAUGCAACUUCCACAAAUGUUACGACUAUGCCCCGCAAGUCAUCUCUCAAGGAUCUUGUCAAAGACGAUACAGGGCGUUUCACCAUCAGAUCUCAGGUGGACGAAAACACUGGCCUGCUCAAAAACGUGCGUAUCCAAUCACCUCACACAUCCGAUGCUAUCUCGUACUCUGAGCCAAGAGAGUCGAUGGAGGCAUCGUUCAUGAGCACAUCGUCACGCCGAAGGAACCGCACCAAGAGUAUAGAAGAAAUGACUUCUGCCUUCAUUCUUCCCGACAUCACACUUCAUACUGGUCCAGGUGCUCAAGCCACUAUGGCAGAGACUGUCGGUGACAUCUCGCAUGACAACCUCAACUGCACCGUUUGCCCGUCUCAGGACUCGCAGGACAAGGAAGUCACGAUUCCCUUGCCUGUCCCUGUUUCUGAGCGCGAGAUAGACGACUCGAACGCCACUAUUCGCCCUUCUCAACCCCCACCUAUAGCACUAGCGACCGUUCUCAAGCAACUCGAAGAUGAGGUCAAACAUCUUAAGCUUCAACUCCAGAGUUACGAGAAGAUGUACAACAAGCACGAUCCCGCCCUCGGUCGCCGCAAGCGCCUCGCUGUGAAACAGAAGAUGGACUAUUUGAUGGCCGAGAUCGAACGCCGCAGUGACCAGAUUUAUGCUCUCUACGAUGUACUUGAGGGUCAGAAGUCAUCUGCUGCAGACAUGGAUGGCGAACAACAGUUGCAAGAACUGGAUGAUGAACAAGUGGAAGAGACAUUGCAGAGUUUGGGUAUUGAUGUUGGUGAGUUGGCCCAAAGGGCUAGGGACACCAAGGAGGUGCAACACCAUAGAUUUGGUCUUGAUGGACUCGACGAGGACAGUGAAGUCGAAUUGCCAUGGGGUGGCUUCAGUGAUGAGAGUGAGGUUGAAGAGGUACAAUUGCCCAGAAGACGUUCAGUAAACAGGGCUGUGAGUGCUUAG